AUGUCGCGCCGCAAGCAAGCGAAGCCCCAGCAUCUCAAGUCGGACGAGGAAGCAGUGGCAAUAGUUUCGCAAAAUUCAGCCCCAGGGGAAGGAGCAGAUGAUGCUGAUAGUGGGAACGAAAGCAGAAGUGGAAGUGAGGAAACCCACAUCUGUGAGAAAUGCUGUGCAGAAUUCUUCAAGUGGUCUGACUUCAUGGAGCAUCAGAAGAAUUGCACUAAGAAUCCACUAGUCUUAAUUGUAAACGACGAGGACGCAGCACGCUCAGAAGACUUCCCUGAGCCUUCUCCUGCCAGUAGCCCAAGUGAUCAAGGAGAGAGUGAAGCUGCUGAGGAGAGCACUCAUUUGGAAGGAAAUGACAGCUCGGAGGUAAAGAGUGCAGAACAAGACGAGCCAAUGGAGGUGGAUGCUUCCACUGACAAGGGUUACCAGAAUCAAGGGACCUCAAGUACUGCUACGUCGCUACCUCAGAUUCCUGAAUCAUCUUCCAUGACAAAUUAUAAUAUGCCAAACACUAAUGUGACUUUAGAGACUUUACAAAGUACGAAAGUGGCGGUAGCACAAUUUUCACAAGAUACCAGAUCUAACAGUCCUAGUUCAAAUAGUGGAGUAUCCACCAUUGCAAUCCCAAUGAUUCUAGAACAGUUGAUGGCUCUGCAACAGCAACAACUCCACCAGCUUCAACUGAUUGAACAAAUCCGAAACCAAGUAGCAAUGAUGAAUCCACAAACUUUGCACCCUUUAAAUCCAUCAGCAUCUUCCCAAGGUACAUCUGUAUCCACUGCUAGUCAGCAUGUUUCAUUCACCAAUCAUUCUUCUAACCAGCUGUCAGCUGUUAUUUCAGCUUCGGGAACAGGACAGGCAUCCAGUAUCCACCCUUCUGCCUUUGAUAGUUCACAGCAAAUAGCACAGCCUGCCUCUGGAGCUAGCACUCCUGUUUUGCCCAGCAGUGUAUCUCCCAGGUCAGAAUCCACCAUGCCUCCAUCCACUACUGGAGUUUCAUCUUCAUUGACUCCAAGUUCUAGUUCAAAUACAAGUAACACUUCCUCACAGUUACAGUAUUCAACAUCAUCACUUGGCCAUGGUAAUCUCCUCAGCCCAGCUUCCAGCAUGCCUAAUCCACUGCUACCUCAGAACACAUCAAGUAGUGUGAUCUUCCAAAACCCACUGGUCAGCAUUGCUGCAACUACUAAUGCUCUAGAUCCACUGGCUGCCCUUAUGAAACAUCGCAAAGGUAAACCACCCAAUGUUUCUGUUUUUGAUCCCAAAACAAGCUCAGAAGAUCCAUUUUUCAAGCAUAAAUGUAGGUUUUGUGCUAAGGUCUUUGGAAGUGACAGUGCAUUACAGAUUCACCUCCGUUCUCAUACGGGAGAGAGACCAUUUAAGUGUAAUAUUUGUGGAAAUCGGUUUUCCACGAAAGGCAAUCUCAAAGUUCACUUUCAGAGGCAUAAAGAAAAGUACCCUCACAUCCAGAUGAAUCCAUAUCCAGUCCCUGAAUACCUUGAUAAUGUCCCAACUAGCACAGGCAUUCCUUAUGGAAUGUCCUUACCACCAGAAAAGCCAGUGACAACAUGGUUGGACACCAAACCUGUGCUGUCAACGUUACCAACUUCAGUUGGAUUACAGUUGCCUCCAACUCUAUCAAGUAUUACCAGUCUGGCUGAGUCCCCAGCUGUGACUCCUUUAAACAGAUCACCUCAAAGACCAUCUCCUCCAUCAAGUGAAUGUGCGUCUUUAUCACCAAACAUGAACAAGAAUGAUUCUAGCAUUCCAAUAACUGCAGAAUCUCCACAGUCAAUUAAUGGUGGCAAUUUGGUUCCCAUUGUGCAAGGUUUAAAUGUACCUACUUCGAAUUUCAAGCCAGCAGAGGGCUGCCCAAGUGGACAGUCAGUUGCCUCUGCUCCUUGCUCUACCACAUCCUCUACUGCUGCGGACAAUGGAGUGAACAGCAUUCCUACAACUCUCCCAAGCCCUCUGCUGCCCAUAAUAUCUGGUCAGUUUAAGGCAAAGUUCCCAUUUGGCGGCCUAUUAGACUCUAUGCAAACAUCUGAGACCUCAAAGUUGCAGCAGCUGGUGGAGAACAUUGACAAAAAGAUGACCGACCCCAACCAGUGCAUUAUCUGUCAUCGCGUACUUAGUUGCCAGAGUGCUCUGAAGAUGCAUUACCGCACACACACAGGUGAGAGGCCAUUUAAGUGCAAAAUCUGUGGGCGCGCUUUUACUACCAAGGGCAACUUAAAGACACACUUCGGAGUCCACCGCGCAAAGCCACCUCUUCGAGUACAACACUCUUGCCCCAUUUGCCAGAAGAAAUUUACAAAUGCCGUUGUUUUACAGCAGCACAUUCGCAUGCAUAUGGGUGGACAGAUUCCAAAUACGCCUUUGCCAGAGGGCUUUUCAGAUAGCAUGGACACUGACCUAGCCUGUGAUGAAGUGAAUGCUGAACUAAUGAGCAACUAUCCUGAUGAUGAGCUGAUGGAUGAAAAUUCAAUGGAUGAGGAGGCGGAAUUAAACAUUACCACAUCUGAGUCUUCAAAGCAAUUGUUAUGUUAUUCUGGUUCAUCACCAAACUCUCCUCCUUCAGUGAUUUCUAGCAUCACAGCACUGGAAAAUCAAAUGAAGAUAAUAGACUGUGCUUUGAGCACACAACAGCAUUCCAGCAUGAAAUCUGUUGAAAAUGGAUCAAUGGAAAGUGAUCGCUUAACUAAUGACUCCUCCUCCGCUGUGGGUGACUUAGAAAGUCAGAGUGCAGGUAGCCCAGCAAUGUCUGAGUGUUCUUCUUCAAUGCAGGUAUUGUCACCGGUACACAGUAAUGCUGACAGUCAAAGAUCGAAGUCCCCAGGAUUUGGCAACCAAGAAGAGCCACAUGAGACAUCAGUGAAAUCAGAAAAAGCAGACAGUCCAUCAACUCAUCGGGAGAAUGGAGGUGCACUAGAUCUGACUGCCAACAACCUGGGUCGGCCGAUCAUCAAAGAAGAGGCUUUUAGUAUGCUGUUCCCCAACCAAGAAUGUGGUCCCACCCAAAGUACUCCUAGCCUGGUCACCAGCACCGCACCAACCGUGGUCAAAAUGGAAGUCAAUGGUCACAGCAAGCCGAUCUCCCUAGGUGAUGGUACGCAGGUUCCAGUUGGUAUACAGGCUCCAUCUGCACCACAGACAGCUAUGAGUCCAGGUAUGACACCCAUUCUGGCACCGCCACCUCGUCGGACACCCAAGCAGCAUAACUGUCCAUCCUGUGGGAAGACCUUUUCUUCUGCAAGUGCUCUUCAGAUCCAUGAGCGCACACACACUGGUGAAAAGCCAUUUGGCUGCACAAUCUGUGGCAGAGCUUUUACAACAAAAGGGAAUCUUAAGGUUCACAUGGGAACCCAUAUGUGGAAUAAUGCUCCAGCAAGACGAGGGCGUCGUCUGUCAGUGGAGAACCCAAUGGCUUUACUUGGUGGUGAUGCUAUGAAGUUCUCAGAGAUCUUUCAAAAGGAUUUGGCAGCUCGGGCAAUGAAUGUUGAUGCAACAUUCUGGAACCAGUACGCUGCUGCUAUUACGAAUGGUCUAGCUUUGAAAAAUAACGAGAUUUCUGUUAUACAGAAUGGAGGCAUUCCUCAGCUUCCUGUUAGCUUGGGCAGCAGUGGUAUCCCUGCUUUAACUAAUGUGACCAGCGGAAUGGACAGGGUUCGCACAGGCAGCAGUCCACCUGUAGCUGGGCUGGAGAAACCAAGCACAGAAGGAGGAGCAAAUCGGCCUUUCGCUAGAUUUAUUGAAGAUAACAAAGAAAUUGGCAUUAACUAAAACAUGGCACUCUUAAAUAUAAUUAAC